AUUUGUAUUUGUACUGGCCAACGAGCUCGUAUUCGUCGUGCCCAACCAAACCAAACCACUAAAUAAAAUUACUACUUUUAGUUUACUCGUGGAUUGGAUUUUGAUCACCUUGAUUUCAUUCACUCAUCCAUCCAUCCUCGAUUUCUUCAAAUUUCUAGUAAUUCACUUAGUUAACUAACUAACUAAGCAAUUAAAUUAUUUUCGAGAAAAAACAAAAUCGGUCAACAAACUCUAUUUUUGUUAUUUGGAGUUUUGUUUGGUUCUUUAAAUUUCUUUUUUCUUUUUUGUAAAAUAAAAAAAUAAAAACUGACGGAAAAGGAUAAGGGCAAAGACAGGAGAGGAGUGGAUUUAUUUCGUGCUUAUCAUUUCUUUUGGGAGGAGGAACUAUUCACAAGUCAAGAAAUAAGAGAGUUACACAAUUUAGAAGAGUGCAGAUAAGUUAAUUAUCAUCACCUUAUCGAGCCGCCCUGAGAGAUGGGUGUCAUCGAGGGUGUGGCCUUCCUCCUCCUCUGCGUCCCCGUUUCCCUCUUCAUCGUCACGGUCUACACGCUCUCCGCGGUCGGAAAAUGGCUCGGCUUCAGGAGAAAAUAUAUUCAGUGUUUACUCUACAUUUUUGAGUACGGAAAAAAACGAAUCGAACGCGCCCACCGCCUAAAACGUCAAGACCGUCAAGACAGCAUUGACGAGAGUGAAAUUAUCCUCCCAUCCUCCGAUUCUAAUGACGACGAGGAUGUCGACGAUGGGAUAUCGACCGCAUCCGAGAGCGAGUAUCUGGACACGAUGGGUCGAAGUAUCGGAAGCUCGCCGCCUUGUCGACAUCACGUCUCGCACAUUGGUCUCGGCCAAAUCUCGGAUGAGUGCAAACUCGAGAGCGAGAAUGCAGCGCCCAGCUGGGACGGGGCCAGCACGGGGACCGGGGAUGGCAGUAUGGGUCAAGAGGAGGAAGAAAACAUGAUUUUAGACAAGGAUGACAACGCCGAUUUCGAAUUGAGCGACAUUUUCGAAUUCAUUCAUUCCGGAAUUGAAGCCAUCGUGGAGGAUCAAGUCACUCAAAGAUUUGCGUCAGAAGAGUUGAAGUCCUGGAACCUGUUGACGAGAACGAAUCGUGUCUACGAAUUCAUUUCAUGGAGGCUCUCGUUCAUUUGGUUGGUCGGGUUUUGUGUCCGGUACGGAAUCCUGUUACCCUUCAGGGUUACGAUUUGCUUUCUCGGGUGUGUCUUCCUCACAAUGUCGACCGCGCUUGUUGGCUGUAUUCCGCAAAGUUAUCACGGAUUGAAGCAAAAGUUAUACAAGAUUGUGUACCUUCACGCCUUCGAGUUCCUCUCGUGGUCCUUGUCCGCCGUGAUUAGUCAUCAUCACAGGGAAAAUAGACCCGGAGUGGCGAAACGCACGCUUGAAGGGAAAGCGAUAUCUCGUGGGGGUGGAAUCUGCGUGGCGAAUCACACUUCCCCUAUCGACGUCCUUGUUCUCGCGGUGGAUCAGUGUUACGACAUGGUUGGACAAACGCAUGGUGGACUUUUAGGCAUCCUCCAACGCGCCUUGGCCCGUGCAUCGUCACACAUUUGGUUCGAACGAUCUGAAAUGAAGGAUAGAGAAGCCGUCGCGAGAAGGCUGAAGGAGCACGUCGACGAUGCGAGGAAGUUGCCCAUUUUGAUCUUUCCUGAAGGCACGUGCAUCAACAACAGCGCCGUCAUGCAGUUUAAGAAAGGUUCCUUCGAAGUCGAAGGAGUCAUUUAUCCCGUCGCCAUCAAGUACGAUGCCAGAUUUGGCGAUCCAUUUUGGGACUCGAGCAGCUACUCCAUGGUUCAAUAUCUACUCAUGAUGAUGAGCAGUUGGGCGAUCGUUUGUGAUGUGUGGUAUCUUCCACCAAUGUUUCGUAAGAAGGGCGAAUCCGCGGUGGAAUUUGCAAGCAGGGUGAAAGCAGUCAUCGCCCGGAAAGGUGGUCUGGUCGACCUCGACUGGGACGGCGCCCUGAAGCGUGCCUUUGCCAAAAAGGAGUGGAAGGAACAGCAGCAGCUCGCCUACUCCAAGAAAUUUGUCAGCUCUCCGAAAAAGAGUGCCCCCAUCUUCCCCCCCUCCUCCGACGGCGGUGACAUGGACAUCAUCACCACGUCCCCACCAUCCCUUCACCUGGAGGACGACGACCUGGACAAAAUCCUCCUCCUCAACAACACCACGACAACUCCGCAUCACUUGGACAUUGACGACCUCAACGUGAAUCUCUUCAGCGUCAAUAAUCGUCUCAAGCAACGGGCAAAUCUCAAAAGUGUGGACAACACGUGAAAGAAAAUCUAAAACUUUUCGCAAAAUUUUUGUUUCUCGAGUCAAAUUUUCAGUCUGUGUGUCAUUCAUGUCCUCCUUCGUCACGUUUUGUAUUCGUUUCGCUUCGCCGGAGGAGGAGAGAAUUGUGUCGAUUUUUUUUAACAUAUGUAUGUACGACGACAAACCACACAAGUAUUAUAAAAAAAUAUGUUAUGUUAUUACGCUAUGCUAUGCAAGAACGGAUAAUAAUAAUCGUAGAGAAAUCAAAUCAAUGCAAAACCUGCCUUAUAUCCACGAAAUAAGUAGAUUAAGUAAAAAUGAGGGGAGCUCAUCAUCACGAUAAUAAUAAUA